AGAUAAAAAACCACCUACACCUUAAAGUCCUUUUCUUUUUUCCUCUAUCUGUUUCUCUCUCUCUCUCCCUACCUCUCUCCCUUUUUUCUUUCUCUUUCUCUUGGGUAAAUCAAUAUAAGAUGAGGAGACAAAGAAACCUCUAAUUGCUGGCUAUUUCCUAGAUUAACCUAGUUAAUUAUCGUUGUCAACAAAACCUUCACUGAUCGGUUUCUUUCAAUUCUCUCUUCGAUAAACUCAUAACAAGAUAAACAUACACACACACAUAAACAACAUUGACAGACACAAUUCAACACAACAACAUCAUCAACAACAACAACACACACACACACAUUAUCAAAGAUACUUAGACAACAAGCAAUCAGUUGCAAUCAUCUAAAAAUGAUUUAUAUUAGUGGUUUAUCCUGAUUCGUGACUUUAAACAAUCAACGAUUAAAAAGGAGCCAAGAUUUGUUCAACUAUCCUGAUGAUAUAAAAAACAAACUAUAUUCAAGUUGAUUUAGUAAAAUCUUAACAUCAAACAAUCAUUUUUAUUUAUUGAGCAACAAACACACACACACAAACCACCCACAACAUCACCAUCCAUUGAAACAACAACAACAACAACAUCAAAAUUGAGUUGAUUGUUUACAAAUUAUUGACAAUUUAGUUAGUUAAAAAUAAUGAUAAACAUCAAAUGAUUGCAUUUACUUGUUGUGUGUCCAUGUGUUUGUAUCUUGAUCUGUGUUAGUUUUUGUGUCUGCUUUUAAUUGUUUAUUCAUUUUUUUGGACAUGGGAUUUUUGGUUAAUCAUUAUCAUUAAUACUGGGAGUCACCUCUGACCUUAUCUAACCUUCCUCUCUCUUCCUCUCUCUGGUUCAAUCUAUUCAAUCGUUACCAAACCUUAUCCUCCAAAUGGACAUUACCGUUUACCUUUGGGUGGACAUCACACUUGACUUACUAUUAUUUUUCUGUGUCUCUUAAUUGUUGCCAUGUUUUCAAUGUCUUUAUCCACCAACCAAUGAUCAGAGACUUAAUUAUGAAUAACUUUAAGUUAAUUGUAACCUAAAGUUAAAUGCAACAUCAUUGGGCAUUAAUUAAUCACCUUACCUGUCUUGCAAUAAGUGUGAUGUCCACUCGAGACUAUUAUUUAGGUGGACAAUCUCAGAGGUGUUAACCCUUUCGGUAUUAACCUGGUUAACCCAAAAACCCAAUAAUGAAUAAUUAAAAAAAAGAUUAAUUUGAUCAAUUAAUUGUUAGAUAAAACUGUCCAUGUAAAAUAUGAUAUUUAAUCAAACCAACAAUAUGAAUUAACCUUAAUUAUUAAUAUAAAUAACCAAAAAAGCCAAGGAUUUUGAUAGACCUGUUCAAUUGCAAUCAAAAACAACCAAAACAAUUAAUAAAUUGAAAAACCUUAAAUCAACGUUAAUGAUAAACAAUUAACGUUUAAAUUAAAUCAAAUCAUUCUUUAGUUAAUUUGUUUCAAAACAAAUAUCGAAAUCAAUUUUAAUCAUUUGAAAUUUUCAGUUUAAAUUGUUGAUUUAAUCAUGAUUACGGUUUUGAUGAUGAUAAUGAAACUUAAAAGGAUGAUUAACAAUUAAGCUAUUUAAUUGCUACAAGAUUUCGUGACAAUCAAUACUUAUAAUAUCCAAAGAUGAUGAAGAUAUUGUGAUGAUGAUUAAACUUUAAAGUUAAGUAUGAAAAUCUCACAAUUAAAUACAAAUUGUCAAGAAAUUUAUUGUUGAUUAACCUUAUUUAAUGUUUAACUGCAAUUUGAUUACUUUUGAUUAACCACAAAGUGGAUUGAUGCCAAAUCAACAGAGGAUCAACAUCAACAUCAACAACAACAAUCAAGAUUCAUUUAAAAUUGUGAUUAAAAAAAGACGAAAUUAUAAUUAGAAAGUUUUUUUCAUUCGUUAAAUUUAGAUCAGCAGUUUACAUCACAAUUAGUAACUGAAUCAACAUGAUUAUCUUAAUAAUCAAUCAAUAGCUUCUUGAUAGUUCGGUCGAUAAUUCAACUCGCUAAUCCUCCCGCUGGAUUGACCGAUGUAAACAAAUCGAAACCGAUAAUUCAGAAUAGGAAAAUUGUUUCCAUGGUAAUAACAUUUCCAUGAAUAUCAAAACAUUAACUGGUACAAGUACAACAAUCAAAGUUGAUCGGAUAAAUUAACAAUUGAUUUACUGUGAUCGUGAUUAACUUGAGCCAUGAGACUUUUCGGAAUAGGAUCUGGAUUAUUUAUAUUGUGUCUUCUUUGGGCACUUACGAUUAUUGUCCUAAUGCUAACUACCAAAGCCAAACCUCCGUUCACGUCAUUGGGUCCAGUUACUCUGUUAAUUUCCACAUUGGUGACAACUUUACUCCUUUUGGUUCCUCGGUCACCAUUCGUUGAAAAAGAGAUGACCAGUUCUGAACCGAUCGAAAGCAAACCAAUAGCCCCUGAAGACUUAACUGAUUGGAUGCAAUUUGGAAGAUCAUUAAUUAUUAUGAUCAAUUUGAUUUCUCUUGUAAUUAGUUUAGCUCUGAUCUACUCUCGGUGGAUAACCAAGAAUAUGACUCGUUUAAGAGCUCCGAGUGUUGACUUUUUACAAAUUCGAGAACUGGAAGUAGUUAAUGAAAAUAAUGAAGCCAACGGAGAAAGUAAAUCACAAGGAAAAAAGAACAAAAAAGCUGAGACAAAGAAAACUCGAAAAAAAUGAUCGACCACCAGAAUACGAUUCGAACUGUGCUCUUACCAGAAAUUCUUUCUCAUCAGAAAGUUCUACAUAUCGUUUCAAUAGAAAAAAUCUCCAAUCGCGAGGGGAAGCAAAAUAAUAUGGACAUACGAUAUUCUAUUAGUACAUAAAAUAAUUCGAUCGAAAAAAUUAGCGAGACACAAAUUCGAUUUUCAUUUACGACAGUCAAUACACACGAACGGACGUUUCCAAAUCAAUCCUUUGGGUGACUUAGUUUUCUUUGCUUUUGGUGCCUUUCAAGUCCCUCGAAUAUUGACAACGCUGAUACACUCAUGAUUCGGCAUUUGAGGUUCGAACACCGCACAAAGUCUUGUUCAGAAUUUCUCGAUCUAGUAGAAGAUCAAUAUAUGGAUCCUCUUCGGUGAAAACGGUCUCAAUAAACUGAACAUCCGUUGCUAGGACCUUUUCCCAGUCGACUAUCAAAUGAUUGAAGAUUUCGCGACAAUCAAUUAUACAAAGAUGAUGAAGAUAAUGUGAAGAUGAUUAAACUUUAAAGUUAAGUAUGAAAAUCUCACAAUUAAAUACAAAUUGUCGAGAAAUUUAUUGUUGAUUAACCUUAUUUAAUGUUUAACUGCAAUUUGAUUACUUUUGAUUAACCACAAAGUGGAUUGAUGCCAAAUCAACAGAGGAUCAACAUCAACAUCAACAACAACAACAAUCAAGAUUCAUUUAAAAUUGUGAUUAAAAAAAAGACGAAAUUAUAAUUAGAAAGUUUUUUUCAUUCGUUAAAUUUAGAUCAGCAAUUUACAUUAUCAAUUACUAUCAACAUAAAACCCUAUCCAAUUUCACCAACUGGCAACAAGCUCAUUAAAUCAUCAACAAUUAACUCAAUUAUAAUCAACUAUCUCCAAUUGAUGAAAACUAAACAUCUACAAUUUAAAACGCAAUUGAAAAUUUCAACCAUUAACGUAGGCCCACAAUUGAUUAACUAAAUUGAGAUGAUCCAUAUCUUGAUCUUAAUUGUGAUAAUUUCAUUUGUAGAUUAACCUUGAAGUAUUUACUACUAUUAGUCUAAUUGAGACGAUUUUGUUAAACAUUUUUAAUUGAUUGUCGUGUUAACUAUUACUACAAUUUGUCACUUUGUUCAUAUUUGCAAGGCUGGAACUCAUUAAUUCUGAACAAUCAGUUGAUUGUAAUCAAAGCAAGAGCUAUUUUAUCUUGAUUACCCUCAGGAAUUAACCUAAAACAUGAUUACUUAGAUUUUUAUAGUUAAUCUUAUUAACUUUUUUAUGUAAAUUGUAACAAUUUAUCCAAAUUAAAUCAUAAUGAUCAACGAGUUA